UGUUGGAAAUGCAAGUAAAGGAGGGGAAGUAAAUCAGAAGUUAAUCAUGCCCUGAGUACAGGAGUGUAGAUUUACCACUAAUCAGGACUCAUGAAGGAUAAUGCUACACCAGGAAGUACCUUAACUGAAGAAAAAGUUGAGAUUGUGAUUGCUUCACCUAAUAAGAAACUGGCUGAGUUUAAUGUGGAUGUCUCGAAGGAGUCUUCAAUCUCAAUGGUACUCUGUGGGAAUGUUAACCAAAAACAAAUUGGAUCUUCAACUACAGAAGAAGAACCUGUGCUGGUAAUAAAUUCUACAUCAUCCUCAGAAGCUGAAAGAAUUUACGAGGAAGAUAAAGAUUAUAUAGCAGCUAAGCUAUCAAAGGAAGGAGACACCGCUCUCCAUAUUGCAGCUGCAGCAAGGCACACUGGUUUUGUGAAAAAGCUGCUUGAACAGAUGCAAAUGGAGGAUUUAACUAUCAAAAAUAAUGUUGGCAACACAGCUUUUUUUCUUGCUGCUGCCUCCGGAGAGGUUGACAUUGCUGAGGCCAUGAUGGAGAAAAAUGGAGACUUAGUGAUGAUUCGAGGCGAAGAUGAUAUGUUACCACUUCACAAGGCAGCUCUUAUGGGAAACGAAGAGAUGAUGUUGCAUUCAAUUUGGUAAGGAGGCACCCUGAGUUGGCCACUGCACGAGAUAAAAAUGAGGAGACAGCAUUGCAUGCCUUGGCUCGCAUGCCUGUAUUGAUGCGUUUUCUUGAUCGACCAGUGGCUGGAGUUUUGAAGAGAUUAUUCAACAUAUGUUAGUUCUUUUUAUCUUUAAUGCCUUCAGCAUGCCUUGAUUUAUUCUGACUUCCUAUUGUGGUUUCUAUCACGAAAUUUGUUUUUCCAUCUGACAUCUAUGAGCUAUUAACUUUGUAACUCACCACCACAUACUCUAAAACACUAAACAAUGGUUUCUCAUUUUGACACUAAGCUAUCCGUUUUCACAAUCAAAAGCAAUUGUAUGUAAGAAACAAUGUGCUUUCUUGUUGUCAAAGCAGUUAUUGAAAAUACAAGUGACAUGGUAGAGACACUUUAUUCAGCAUGGGGGAGGCUGUGGGUGAAGGAAAGGGAGAAACAGAGGAGGAAUAAUAAGCUGGGCUGGAGGGUUCAGUUGAAGAAGAGAGAGAAAGAGUGGAGGAGAAGUCUGACUUGGAGGUCUUGGAUGAGGGACC